AUGACUGGUGUUCAGAUACCUCUUUCUCAAACUACUGAAAAUUCUGAAGUAGUUAUUGUAAACAAUACAGUAGAUGCUUCACAUGCUUUCUAUAUCUACCCUUCAGAUAUUCCAGGCAUGAACCUUGUAUCUACUGUUUUUGACGGUAGAAGCUAUGGUGGUUGGAGAAGGGCUGUGAUUAUUGCUCUCUCAGCUAAGAACAAACUAGGAUUCAUUGAUGGAUCUCUAGAAGUUCCAGCUGAUACAGACCUGAAAAUGAAAAAAGCUUGGCCAAGAUGCAAUGAUAUGGUGUUGUCUUGGUUGCUAAAUUCUCUUUCAAAAGAAAUUGUUGAAUCAGUUUUGUACUCUCAAAGUGCCAAAAUUUUGUGGUCAGAUCUAGAAGAUAGAUUUGGUCAAGCAAAUGGUGCUAAGGUAUUUCAAUUUCAAAAGGAUCUUAAUGUUGUUGUUCAAGAAAAUUCCAGCAUAUCUGCUUAUUUUACUAAGAUGAAAAGUUUAUGGGAUGAACUAGAUGUUUUAAGCACUUUUUCUGCUUGUUCUUGUAGUUGUACCUGUGGUGCAAAGGAAAAGGGAUUUAAGGCUCAUCAAGAUGAAAGGCUACUCCAGUUUUUAAUGGGUUUGAAUGAUACUUUCUUAGGUGUUAGAAGCAAUAUCUUGUUAUCUACACCUUUACCCACUAUUGGUCAAGCUUACUCUUUUGUAAUUCAGGAUGAAAAACAGAGAGAGAUCCAUGCUGCUCCUGCUUAUCCAGGAGAUUCAACAUCAUUUCUAGUAGGUAAUGCAAGGGAAAGGAGGAACAAUGAGUAUAAGUCUAAUCAAGGAAAUUAUGCCAAGAAAUCUUCAUUGGUGUGUAAUUACUGUAAGAAAACAGGACAUACUAUUGACCAAUGCUACAAGAUCCAUGGGUUCCCUGAUGAUUUUAAGUUUACUAAACCUAAGAGGUACCAAAAGGGACCUGUUGCUGGAAAUGUUUUUAGCAUAGGGGAAGCAUCACAACAAGGAAAUUAUGAUCAUGUAGCUUUGAACAGUCUAUCACCAGAAAAUGUUAGUCAACUACUAGGACUGCUGCAAAAGAUGAAUCAAAAAGAUCAAGUUGAAUCAUCUGCAAAUAUGAUAUCCUCUGAUAGUGGAGCUUCUGAGCAUAUUACUUCUGAUAGAAGUUUCUUCUCUAACAUUAAUCCUCUUACUGAAUCUAUAAUUGUCACUCUUCCUAAUUCUCAUAAAGGCCCUUCAGUGAAGAGCCCUCAGGUGCUUGGUAAGGAAAAAGAAGGUUUAUAUAUUCUCAAGACCAGUGAUCCAGUUGUUGCUACAAACAAUCCUACCAGUUCCAAGUUUAAUAGUUUCUCUUUUUCUACUUUUCUAGCAGAUGUCUUUACUUCUAGUUCCAGCUAUUUUGAUUCCAAUGUAAAAGAAAAGUUGUGGCACUAUAGAUUAGGCCAUAUGCCAAUGAGAUAUCCUUAUGGGAAAAAGGGAUACAAGGUCAUGAAUCUUCAAACUAAGAAAAUAUCAGUCUCAAGGGAUGUGGUUUUUCAUGAAGAGUAUUUUCCCUUUUCUAAACAUGUGUCUUUUACCAGUUAUUUCCCCUCUAAUUCUUUACCUAAUUUGUCUGUUCCUUUUCAUUUCCCUCCAAAUUCUCCUGUUAAUCCUUGUUCAGAUCUUACUGAUAAUGCUAUACUUUCUAAUCAUAGUUGUGAUCCUCCUGAGGAUGUGUCUCCUGAUCCUCCUAUUUCUGAUUCCUAG